CGCGGGGUGCCAACCAUAUUUUUUCUUCCUAUCUGCCAUCUUCCUCCUUAGCCUCACCCCUUCCAAUCCCAAUCCAAAUCCAAUCCAAACAUGUUAGGGUUUUCAGUGUUCCAAUGUCCCCUUCCCAUUUGUUCAAUCAACGCAACUCAUGCAGCAUGAUUCCACUACCUUCACCGUUCUCAACUCCAAAUUUCCUUCCAAACGCACUCACCAACCAGCCGAUCGCAUUUCUUCCCUUCGCCAAAGACACACCAGUUCGCCCUUCUUCGGAGACAAGUGUAAAGGCUGAAAGGCUGUAAAAUCUUCGAAGGAUUUCCCAUUCAAGGGGUGGUGUUGCAAAGUUGGCUUCUAAAGAAAUGGUGAAAUUCAAAUCUUACCAGAACCAGGCUAAUUUGUUCUUGAAGGAAUAUUUGUUAGCAGACCCUUUGAUUCCAUAUACUUCUAUAAUUGGUGGUAUUUUUGCUUGCAAGAUGGUCUAUGAUCUUACUCAGCUUUUUAGCACUGUUCACUUUAAGAGCUAUUCCAGCCUCACUAGAAUCCAACGCGUUGAGUGGAAUAACCGUUCUAUGUCAACAAUUCAUGCUAUUUUCAUAACAACUAUAUCGUUGUACUUGGUGUUUUGCUCAAAUCUAUAUUCUGACAACCAGUUGUCCGAACUUAUUACAUUUCAAAGCUCUUCAUCAUCUACCUUUGCUCUGGGGGUGUCUGUCGGUUACUUCAUUGCUGACCUUGGGAUGAUAUUUUGGUUUUUUCCUUCUCUUGGUGGAUAUGAGUAUGUGAUUCAUCAUUUGCUUUCUUUAGUAGCAGUAUCCUUUUCAAUGUUGACUGGGGAGGGUCAGCUAUACACAUACAUGGUCCUGAUCUCUGAGACAACUACUCCUGGGAUCAACUUGAGAUGGUAUCUUGAUGCAGCUGGAAUGAAGAAGUCAAAUGCUUAUCUCAUCAAUGGGGUUGUAAUAGUCAUUGCUUGGCUGGUUGCCAGAAUACUUUUGUUCGUUUACAUGUUUUACCAUGUCUACCUGCACUUUGACCAGAUUGAACAGAUGCACGUGUUUGGACAAAUGUUAGUCAUUGUUGUGCCGCUGGCGCUAUCAGUUAUGAACUUGAUUUGGUUUUCCAAAAUCAUCAAAGGGUUGAGGAAGACGUUGGCGAAGAGACAGUGAAAAUUCUGCUUAGUGAUAUUCAUUUAGAAAAAAUGAUUUACAGGUCAAUGAUGUGUAGUGAAAGAUGUAACAGAACAGAAACAAAUUGUUUGGAUCCCCUGUGGAUCCGAACUUGUACAAAGAUGUUUAUUCUGCCUUUUUUCUUCCUGGCCAUUUAUUUGUUUAAUUUUAAUAUAUUGCUCAAUGCAAAGUAUUUUGUUCCA